GCGGGCAUCGGGUCACCAGGCAUGACAGCGGGCACUGGGUCAUCAGGCAUUGGAUUGUCUGGCUCGACAGCGGGCAUCGGGUUACCAGGUAUGACCGCGGGCACUAGGUCAGACAUUGGAUCGUCUGGCUCGACAGCGGGCAUCGGGUCACCAGGCAUCAGGUCAUUUGGCUCGACAACGGGCACCGCGUCAUCUGGCAAGGCAGUGGGCACCGAGUCACCAGGCACAACAGUGGACUCUGAGUCAAUUGGCACGACAGCGGGCACUGGGUCAUCAGGUACCGGAUCGUCUGGCUCAACAGCGGGCACUGGGUCAUCAGGCGUGAUAGGAUCAUCAGGCUGGAUCAGCUGGGUACAGACAUCCGGCUGAAGUGCGGGUGCCGAGGCACCAGACUGAACCACGGAAGGCAGGUUCUCAGACGGCAGGCUCACCGGUUUGGAUACUGGCA